CCUUAUGGGGGCAACAUAUCUUUUCGAGGAAUAACAAAAAAGGAGCUCAUUCCGAUUACCAGGUAUAAAAAGUGGGCGCAUCUCAUAUUCACCAGCAGUCGAACUUCAUUUGCAUUCGGAAGGUUGCGGUGUACUACUAAAAUUGCCAACAUGAAGUCGCUUCUUGCCGCCACUUGCCUUCUGGGCCUACUUGUUUUUACAGUGAAUGCGCGUACACUAACCGAGCAAAAGUCAAGUGUCGGAGCAGAGUUCAAGAGCGCCGCCGAAGAGGCCUUUCUCUUGAGCGAAAUCUUUGACGACGUGGGAGAGGCGCUUGCUCAGGAUGAAGAACUGAACUCUGUGAGAGACGAGUAUUUCAUCCGUGAUUUGUGGGCCAAAGCGAAAGAAGCUCUGAAAAAUGCCACACAGAAGGCAACGUCAUCCGUCAAAGGAGCUUACGAUGAAGCCAAGGAACACUUCACAAAAGCCGCAAAGGAAGCCCAGCAAAAACUGAAGGAAAAGGCAGCGGAGAUCAUGUCCAAGAUAUUGACUAAGAUUGCCGGACAGUAUGCCGUCGAGGACUCUGUUAGUCGCCCGGACUUCAUGAAGAUCUUGCUUAAUCUCAUCAAGGGAGUUGCUCAGCGACUUUUCAAUGUUGGGAAGGGUCUGGGAGAACUUGAGCGCUGACGCAAAUAAAGAAACAGGAGAAACUGCCUCGAAUAGAU